UCGAUCAGUUGCCGGCCGAUCGCCUCCCACUGCAGUUCGAGAGCUAAUUAAGAUCAUGUCAAUGCGUUCGCUUGGAACGCUUUUUCUGCUAUGCUGCGGCAACCUUGUUCUCGCCCAGAACCCGGAUCCAGCCGCCGAGAGAGCUUGCACACUUUUCAAGAAGACAGUUUUCGAGGAGAGCAUUCCCAUUAGCCCAUUUUUCCCCAAUGCCCCGAUUAUAUACAAUACGCUUGACUCCUGCAGUGGGUCGCGACCCCUGAUAGUGGACGGCACUCCGGCAGAACCCAAGGAAUUCCCCCAUGCAGCGAGACUGGGCCACCGGAUGGCCAAUAAUGAAAUCAAAUGGUUCUGUGGCGGCACCUUGAUCAGCAAUCGCGUGGUGCUCACAGCGGCCCACUGUUUCUAUUCCGAGAUCGGCGAGGUCAACGUGGUGCGUUUGGGUGAGCUUGAGUUCGACACUGAUACGGACGACGCUGAGCCCGAGGACUUUGGCGUGGCCCGGCUUAUCGAACAUGAAGAGUAUAGGGAUCCCGCCCUCUACCAUGACAUCGGCUUGGUGCGGCUCGAUCGGGAGGUGAAGUUCAACCUGUAUAAGCAUCCAGCCUGCCUGCCCUUCGACGACGGCGAGCAGCACGAAACCUUCAUUGCGAUCGGUUGGGGCCAAAGGGCGUUUACCAAGAAGGAGUCCAAAAAGCUGCUGAAGGUGCAGCUCCGGAGCUAUGGGCAGAGGUGUCUAGAAACCUCGGAAGCGAACAAUGUGCUGCCCAAGGGCUUUAACACCACCAUUCAGCUGUGCAUCGGAUCGAAGGACAACAAGGACACCUGCAACGGAGACUCUGGUGGCCCGGCCCUGGCCUAUCACAAGACCUACACCUGCAUGUACCAUGUAAUGGGCAUCACCUCGGCGGGAGUCAGUUGCUCCACCCCCGAUAUACCCAGUGCCUAUACGAGAGUCCACUACUACCUGGACUGGAUUAAAAGAGAGUUGGCGAAGACCUCGUAGAGUCAAAGGAUUUUUGCAUUUAUUUUUUAAUUACUUAAAUAGCCAAUUCUGUUUUCUUAGAAAGAUAUAAAUGUAGAAAAUAAAUACUUUAGAUUUUCGUA